UCUUCUAACAGCACAAUAACAAACGUAUUUAUUCCUCCGUGCUUUCAAAGGCAUCAACAGAAGGGAAUCAUUAAAAAUGUAGGGGAAAAAAAACCACUAGGCUGGAGCUUUGGUGUCUACGCAGAUCGUUCUGGAAAAGCGCUUAGGGAGAGUCUAGGGAGCAGCUCUGACGUCAGCGGCAGCCAUCGGAAGUCAGGUCAUGUUCUACAAAGGCAGUGACGCACGCCCGGCAGCACCCGCGGGGCAGGAGGGCGCCAUCACCAGCCUCGCGGGUCCGAAUCGCACGCGUCCGGGGCCGCUCUCCCGUGAGGAGAGCCCGGCGUGACGGCCCCAGCGUGCUGCGGCCUCUCCCCGAGGGCUCCUCCACAAGGAUCCCUGCGGGAGCCGGGCUCGGCCGUUGCCCCUCGGGACAGCCAUCCCCUCGAAUUCGCGCUCGCGGUCCCUGCCUUCACUUCCCGGGUUGGGAGGCAGGCGACGGCGCGCGAGAUGAAGGAACUUGCGUUUCCCGGCGCCGAGGCGGCAGCAGCGCCGUGCACAGCGGCUUCUGAGCGCGGCGUCGACGGGGAGCUGCGUGCGGCUCCCUGUUUCCUGGUUACGUGCGCGCCGGCAGAGCCAAAACCUGCGGCCGAAACUCCCGCUUCUCCGGAAGGAUUAAAGGGCGGGACCACUACCGGGAGACGUGUCAAACUCAGCGCGCCUCAUGGCGGCCGUGGCACCCCUCCCGCCCGGGUUCCCGUCCGUCCACGCCCACUGACUUACCCUGCGCAGGUGGAUGGUCUGAAGCAUUUGCUGGAGACAGGAGCCUCGGUCAACGCACCCCCGGAUCCCUGCGAGCAGUCGCCUGUCCACUUAGCCGCAGGAAGCGGCCUUGCUUGCUUUCUUCUCUGGCAGCUGCAAACCGGCGCUGACCUCAACCAACAGGAUGUUUUCGGAGAAGCUCCACUACACAAGGCAGCAAAAGUUGGGAGCCUGGAGUGCCUUAGCCUGCUUGUAGCCAGUGAUGCCCAAAUUGAUUUAUGUAAUAAGAACGGGCAAACAGCUGAAGAUCUCGCUUGGUCAUGUGGAUUUCCAGACUGUGCCAAGUUUCUUACAACAAUUAAAUGCAUGCAGACAAUACAAGCAGGUGGACACUCCCAUAGGAAUGAUUGUGUUCCUGUGCUCAGACAGAAACGAAGUUUUGGAAGUGUAGAAAGUACCAGUGGGAAAAGGAAGUGUUGGUAAGCAACUCAGAGCUGCUGUUUUCCUCCCUCAGUGAUUGAUCUCAUUUGCAUAGCAUUUAUUAUUCCAUUUAAUAUUGACACUCUUAUUUCUAGUAGCGGUGUUUCAUUCUCAUUAACAUCUUAAUACUGGUUAAAUAAGUCUGGAGACCAAAAAUGGGCCUGCAUGGUGGAAGUGUGGGGAUAAAACUCAUUUUUUUAAAAAAGUUUUUAAUGUCAACAUGUUUUUAAAACCAGAUGUCACGUGGGUCAUGAAGAAGUCUGAAGAACGCCCUCAUUUCAUGCAGAUCUAUAAGCUCCUGCUUUUGGCUUUACCAUACGUGUGUCUAAACUCCUUCUGAGAAGGAGGAAAAACUUUCUUCCAAGUGAAGAUCCAUUUCAGAACACAUGUAUUUACAUGCCUAUAACAUGCUGGUUGUGUAUGCUUUAAGUUUUAUUAAAGGAAUGUCUAAAAA